AUGGAUCCUCUCUCCAUUACAGCCUCAGUACUUACACUGACAGAUGCCGUCGCUAGAGUUUAUCGAUUCCUACAGUCCGUUCACUAUGCCGACGCUGGCUAUUCUGGACUCUGUGUCGAACUCAAUAAUCUCAUUGGUUUCAGCCGCUCAAUCAGCAGGGCUCUUCAAGGUUGCCAACGUCAUCCCAUGGCUCUGGCGCCCAUCGACGAAGACGUCUGGAAACAAAGUCGGAACGCAAUCAGGGACUCACAACAAGCCAUUGACGACUUGAAUGCACUCAUCAAGCGAAUUGGUGGACCAUCGCGUUCAAAUUCGAUCUUCCGUCGAGGAAAGAUUGCGACCGAGAUACAUUUCCACACGCGUGAGAUCUCUGCAUUCCGUGAAAAAAUUCGCCUGUCAAACUUAGCACUACAGACAUUGCUACAAGUGAUCAAUGUAUCGCUUUCUUUGCGGAGCAAUACUUCUCAAACAAUCAUUUUGAAGGAACUCGAACGGCUCAACCGAUAUCUCGAAAACUCAACUCGCGCUGCUGCAGAUAAUAAUCCCCUAUUCGAACUAGAUAAAUCUGAUGCUCAUGUGGUUCAAAACCUCAACAAUCUUGUCAGAGCUGUGGGAGACUUUCAUGCCAGUGCUAGCGUCCAGGCCAGUACGAUAUUUUCUGGAAGUCAGCUUCUCACACGCGCCACUCAGGACCAAGAUUCCGCCUCUUCAGUUGUUCAACAUACAACAACAAUUUCAAAACGGCGCCAUAUUGAAUCGUUUCUUCGGCAGACUAGGCUGCCCAGUCGUAGGAACUCACGUACCCCAAGUGGAAACUUCAAUCUCCCAUCAAGUCCGUUCCAGGUUGAUUACCCAGAGGUAGUGGCUGAUGAAGAAGCGAAUAAUCUUGACAGGACACUGGCGGGUGGCUUCAGCAAGAUGGCGCAGAAGGCUCUUCGCAAGUUCGACUUUGCAAAAGCUGAACAAGGAUUUCAGCAAGCACUGGAUAGAUACAAGAUUUCCGCACCAGAUGAUGCCCAUCACAGUCGCCUGCGCACUCAGCUCGCAAUUUGCUCGUUUCUUCAGGGGAAAGGAUCUGGGAUCGAGGAUGCCGUCAUCGAUCUUGCCGAGUUCCGUGGAACGAAGCGACCAGUUGCGCAUCAACUUCUCUACAAUCUAGCACUUUCUCAUAUGCAUAAUCUCAAAUUCGAAGCUGCACACAAAAUAUGCUCAAGACUAUGGGAAGAUAUGAGCAAGCCUGGAUCCUCUGCCCACCUGAAGAAGAAUGAUUUGUUUAGGCUUCUUGUCAUUUCAUACCGCUCGUCUGACAAAGAACUCUACGCCGAGGCCCUGGAAGAACAGCAUCCCGAAUUGGCGAGCGUCACGGAUGAUGGACUUCCAAGCAUUCUAGAAUCGGUGAUUAACUGUGAGGACUUGUAG